GUCCGAGGAGGGAUAGAUCUCGCAGGUCGCUCGAACAUGACGGAUAGCUUGGUUCUCUUUGGUACGUGUAAAGACUGCGAUUCUCGCGACAUCGACGCCAGUUAUUGAUUAGCUGACUCAGCUGACUCUACUGUUAACCGUUCAUCCGGUAUUGCGGGUUAUCGAGGUGAAACAGGGAAACUCGCCAGCAGAAACACAGGUAAAAAUGGCUGAAGAACAGUGGGGAGUUGAUGACUCAUUGGAUUUUGGUCAGGCACCAGUUACUAUGUCUUCCUUUGAAGAAGGACGCGCCCCUUGUCAUGGUAAAGGACGUGGUGCAAUACUGUACAACAACAAUGACAAAAAUUACAGUGUAGGAGGUUCCUAUAAUAGUAAAAAAACAAAUGAAGAAAAUUUUGAUAGUAACGAAGAUAAUGAAAAUAACAGAUAUAGUAGAGAUAAUAGUAAUAAUGAAGGCAACAGACAAGAUAAUAAGCGGUAUGGAAAUAAUAGAGGUGACAAUGAUCGUAGGUGGCAAGGCAAUAGGAACAAUAGUAGGCAAAACAGAGAUAAUGAUGAUGAAACUGAAAAUAAUGGCUUCAACGGAAGUUAUCAGAACGAUAGAAAGGACAGACCUAGAAGAGAUAGAGAUGAAAAUAGAGGUGGAAGAGGUGGUGGCGGUUAUAGUAGAAACAGGGAUGGCGAUGAUAAUGAUAGAGGUGGAAGAAGUGGUGGCGGUUAUAGUAGAAACAGGGAUGGCGAUGAUAAUGACAGAGGUGGAAGAGGUGGUGGCGGUUAUAAUAGAAACAGGGAUGGCGAUGAUAAUGAUAGAGGUGGAAGAGGUGGUGGUUACGGUAGAAACAAGAAUAGUGAUGAUAAUGAUGGCGAAAACAGGAGACGUAGAAGAAACGAUGAUGAGUCCAAAGAAGGUGACGAUAAAGAAGAACCAAAAAAGAGAGAGAUUUAUAUUCCACCAGAUCAACCUGAUGACGAAAAUUCAUUGUUUGGAAAUGAUGUAUCAAUGGGAAUAAAUUUCGAUAAAUAUGAUGAUAUUGAAGUAAGAGUGACCGGUGAGAAUGCACCGCAUUUAAUACAAUCCUUCGAACAGUCUGGCCUCAGAGCUAUCCUGUUAGAUAAUAUUAAAAAGUCAGGUUAUACAAAACCUACUCCUGUUCAAAAGUACGCCAUUCCGAUUAUAAUGAGCGGCCGAGAUUUAAUGGCUUGCGCACAAACAGGUUCAGGAAAAACUGCGGCAUUUGUAGUUCCCAUUUUACACACUCUGUUGGAAAGUCCAAAAGAUUUAAUUAAAACAUCCACUUACUGCGAACCACAUGUGAUUAUUAUAUCGCCUACACGCGAACUUACGUCGCAGAUACAUCAACAGGUCAAGAAAUUUUCUUUAAGCUCUAUCAUACGUGCCGAGCUUGCUUACGGAGGAACAUCAGUUAUGCAUCAGUCCAGUAGAGUGCUUAAUGGCUGCCAUAUUCUAGUUGCAACUCCAGGUAGAUUGUUAGAUUUUAUAGGACGAGGCAAGAUUCGACUUUCUUCCUUACGGUUUCUUGUACUGGAUGAAGCUGACAGAAUGCUUGAUAUGGGUUUUCUACCCGAUAUUGAAAAGCUAAUAGAUCAUGAAACAAUGGGACCUGCAGAGGAGAGGCAGACACUUAUGUUCUCCGCCACGUUUCCUAAUGAAAUUCAAGAACUUGCGAGUCGAUUUUUACGAAAUUAUUUAUUCCUCGCAGUUGGGAUUGUCGGUGGUGCGUGUGCUGAUGUCGAACAGAAUUUUUAUCAAGCAUCCGGUCAGUCUGAAAAGCGAAAAUUGCUGAAAGACUUGAUAGAGAAACAAAAUCAACUAGGAAAUAUAGAAGGUACUUUAGUAUUUGUUGAACAGAAAAGACACACGGAUUUCAUAGCGGCCUUCUUGUCGGAGAGCAAUUUUCCAACAACAAGUAUACAUGGCGAUAGAUUACAAAGAGAACGAGAAGAAGCUCUAUGGGAUUUUAAACGAGGAAAAAUGUUGAUUUUGGUGGCAACCGCGGUUGCUGCGCGAGGCUUGGAUAUUAAAAAUGUUUCACAUGUAAUUAAUUUCGAUUUACCAAAGACGAUCGACGAAUAUGUUCAUAGAAUCGGACGAACUGGUCGGGUUGGAAAUCGCGGCAAAGCAACUUCAUUUUUUGAUUCAUCUACUGAUAUGCCUCUCACCGAUGAUUUGAUCAAAAUUUUGAAACAAGCUGGUCAACCGAUACCUGACUGGUUACAAUCUGGUGGCGAUGGCGGAAGCAGAACCUUCAUGCCAGGAAGAGGGAGGAAAUUUGGUGGAGAAGAUAUUAGAGGCAACAAGAGUGCAUAUGAAGAUGAAAAUUGUUAUGCAGCUCCUACACAAGCAGCAGAACCAGAAGAAGAAUGGUAG